AUGAUAACUCUCGUGGCAAGCGCGGUGUUCGGCGCAAUGGUAUUUUUUCCGGUGAAGCUGCAAGGCAGCUUCCUGCUCUUCUGGUGCGUAUAUUUUGUCACGCUGGCGACGGGAGUGGCUCUGGGAUACUUGGUGGCCGCCCUGUCCCCGAACAUGGACGUCGCCAACGCGGCGCUGCCCGCCUACGGCAUGACCCUCCUCCUGUUCUCCGGCUUCCUCAUCCGCGCCACCAACAUCCCUUCCUACUGGUUCUGGUAUUCCAAGCUCACCUUCGUGCGGUACGCCUGGGGCGCCCAGAUGGUGAACCAGUGGGGGGACGCCGAUAUCGACUGUGGGGAGGAACCUGACAACGAGGCGUGCAUCGUCACUGGCGGAGAUGGGAGCAGAAUGACCGUGCUGCAGUUUUACGGCUUCGAUGGCGUGAACAAGUGGGAAUAUGUUGGCAUCGAGGGAGCCUUCUUCGCCGGAUUUUUCAUUCUUGCCUACCUAGUUUUGACGCUGAAGAAGUACUCCAACCGGUGA